CCCUCAGGAGCCAUGCUGCUGUUGAUGACAUUGGCUGUCCUUGCCAGUUCCACCUGCAGAGCCCAGGAAAUACAUGGCAACAGUGUUGGCACCUAUUUCUACAUUCGUGGUGAGGAUCAGGGAGAACUCAAGGGCAUCCGGGUCUACCUGACACUAAUAAACAGCAUCAAGGGCGUCCAGCUGCUGUUUGGCAACAGGUGGAGUGAUGUGUAUGGAACCCGGUCACUAAAGAGUAAAGAGUUUCUUCUGAAAGAUGGAGAGCAUGUGAUACAGGUGGAUGGCAGCGAAGGGCUCUGCCUCACUUCCCUGAACUUCACUACUGACAAGGGCCGUGUGGCUUCCUUUGGUAUUAGAAAGGGCCGUACCUUUAGUGACACUGGAGGUUCAAAAAAGGACCUAGUGACUGUCUAUGGUGUGCACUCACCAGGCUUCUGCAUCAAAGGGAUGGGCUUCAAAUGGGGACCUGUCCCAGAGCCCAUGGGGAGCUCUGACGAUUCCAAAGAGAAGGAUGAUGAGUCAGAAGGAGGAAAAGACAGUGAGAAAGAUAAAGAUGCAGAUGAUGAUGAUGAUGAUGAUGAAGAUGAAGAUGAUCAAGAAAAAGAAAAAGAAGAAGGCAAAGAUGAAGAUGAUAGUGCCAAAGAUAAUGAUGAUGACAACAAAGAUGCCGAGGAAGAAAAUGAGUAA